CAACAUUCGAACACCAUUAGUAUCGUAUCAUUUGGUGUGCACACAUCGGUUGAAGCGCUACUGAAAAAAUCAGUGGAUAUGUUAUAUCGAUUCAUAUUUAGCAGCAUUUUCCUGUUCUUACGAUCGUCUGGAGCAACACAUCAAAGUGAUAUGAACAACAAUCCGAACGAAAUAGACGAACGUUCUUUCUACGUCGAUUAUGAGCGGGACACUUUCGUGAUGGAUGGUGUAGAUUUCCGUUACGUAGCCGGAUCGUUUCAUUACUUCAGAUCUCUGCCCGAAACCUGGCGGGAAAAGCUAAGGACGCUUCGCACAGGAGGACUUAAUACAGUUGAUUUGUACAUUCAAUGGUCCUUGCACAAUCCCAAAGAAAACGAAUAUGUGUGGGAUGGCAUUGCUAAUAUCACUAAGAUUAUUGAAGUUGCAGUCGAAGAAGAUUUGUAUGUGAUCUUGCGACCGGGACCAUACAUUUGUGCUGAAAUUGAUAACGGAGGAUUACCAUACUGGCUUUUCACGAAGUAUCCUGGAAUUGAGGUUCGAACUAGUGACUCAAAUUUUACAAGAGAAGUUAAAAUUUGGUAUGAAAAACUAUUGCCUCAAGUAACUCGUUACUUAUAUGGCAAUGGGGGAAAUAUAAUAAUGGUGCAGAUAGAAAAUGAAUAUGGUGCAUUUGAAAAAUGUGAUAAACCAUAUUUAAAUUUUUUGAAGCAGGAAACAGAAAAAUAUACAAAUGGAAAGGCUGUAUUGUUCACUGUAGAUAGACCAUAUGGUAACGAAAUUGAGUGUGGACAAAUACCUGGAGUUUUGAUUACUACAGAUUUUGGAUUGAUGAGUGACGAAGAAGUUGAUGCUCACAAAGAUAAAGUACGAUCUGUUCAACCGAAAGGUCCUCUCGUGAAUACAGAAUUCUAUACAGGAUGGUUAACACAUUGGCAAGAGCCGAAUCAACGACGUCCUGCCGAACCAUUGGCAAACACUUUGCGCAAAAUGCUACGAGAUGGUUGGAAUGUCAACUUUUAUAUGUAUUUUGGAGGAACUAAUUUCGGUUUCUGGGCCGGAGCAAAUGAUUGGGGUUACGGUAAAUAUAUGGCCGACAUUACCUCUUACGAUUACGAUGCGCCGAUGGAUGAAGCCGGCGACCCAACGAUGAAAUAUAAAAUCUUUAGAGACAUUAUCAGUGAGUUCAUAGAUAUACCGGAAUUAGCAGUACCAGAGCGGGCAAUGAAAAUGGUACCUGAACCUAUAAUCAUGUCCAGUGUAGGUGGCAUUCUUUCGAAUAACUCAAGAAUGUUAUUGGGCGCAUCGGAAAUUAAAUCCGAUCGUUUGUUAACAUUUGAAGAACUUCAUCAACACUCUGGAUUUGUGCUGUAUGAAACUACACUCCCGAAACUCACUCGAGAUCCGAGUGAACUAACAAUUAAUGAUUUAAGGGAUAGAGCGCAAGUCUACGUAGACGAGUUUUAUGUAGGAACAUUAUCCCGGGAAAAUGCAAUAAAAAGUGUCCCAAUAUCAGCAGGAUGGGGAAGCAAACUUUCAGUAUUAGUAGAAAGUCAAGGCCGAAUCAACUUCAACACGCUUGAUGACUACAAGGGAAUACUCGGCAAUGUUACCAUACAAAUUUACAAUGAGCCAUUCUAUAAGGUAUUAUCUGAUUGGAUUAUUACCCGAUUUCCAUUCGAUGAUCUUGACAAGCUUAGUAAUUUCGUUGCUACUGGAGAAAAUACCCAAGGAGUCAAUGAACGUGGUAUAGCUAUGAAUGGCCCAGUUAUAUUCGAAGGAGAUUUGGUUCAUAAUGAUGCUGUCAUCCAUGAUACAUAUAUUGAUAUGAGCGGAUGGGGAAAGGGUUUAAUUUUUGUGAAUGGAUUCAAUUUGGGACGAUAUUGGUCUGUGAUAGGUCCACAAAUCACAUUGUAUCUUCCAAAAAAUUUGUUAAAACAAGGCGAAAACAAAAUAAUUGUGGUGGAGUUACAGAAAGCCCCGUUAUGCAGACUUAUAAAAUUCUCUGAAACUGCCAUACUUGAUGAAGCUUAAUAGUUUUAUAUAUGAAAAUAGUUUAUUUGUUAUGUAUUUUCAUAUUCAUAUAUUAUGUGACAUUAAACAAUUGUAAACGACUA